GCCGUGGUGGUCUACCGCCUUAUCAACGUAACAACAUAACAUUAUCAGUAGUUCUGCUACCCGUGUUUGUGUUUCGUUCAUAAUCGCCUCUCGCCUUGCGGCCAGUAUCUCGUAGCCCGUCUUCAAUUGUUCGUGCUAUUGUCGUUAAACCCGUCGUCGCGACCCUUCACGAUUUAGUGGUUGUACAGUUGUUUGUCGGCGAACAACUGUGGCCAAAUGUGUACCGGACCGAAACGUUAAGCCCCGUAUCGCUGUUGUGCGAGGGUGGCGCCCGAUAUUCUUAGUGCACAGAACGUUUAUUAUUUUACAAUGUAUCCGUUAUAAAACCAUCAAUAUAGGUAUGUAAUCCCGAAAACCGUAUAUUACCCAUAUUAUAAUAUAUAUAUGCUAUUAUACCUAUACUAGUCAAUCUAAAAUUGUGUGGUUGUUGAUAUUUACAGAAAAAUGCAUUCGCUAUGCGGUCACUUCAGUCUCAUUCAAGACGGCUGCGGGGCAAUUUCUUCAGCCAAAAGUACCGUAGAUUCUGUACCUGUAUUCACCAAAAAACCGACAAAUACUCAAAAUCGGAUUAUCACCGACGAUGAAUCAAAGAAUUUUGACAUUGUAAAAGCUUCUCAGUAUGGAUUAUUGAACAGGUGUAUUGAAAUAAUUGAAAGCGGUUAUGACAUCAACACAUCAGAUUCUCACAAUAUUAGUUUGUUACAUUGGGCUGCGAUUAACAAUAAAACAGAAUUAAUCAAGUAUUUCAUAUCAAAAGGUGCGGUUGUAGACGCCGUCGGAGGUGAUUUACGAGCUACCCCAUUGCAUUGGGCCACUAGACAAGGCCAUUUAUCUGCAGUGGUCCUUUUAAUGAAUAAUGGAGCUGACCCAUGUUUUUUCGAUAUUGAAGGUCACACUUGUUUGCAUAUUGCAGCACAGUUUGGUUUCACAGCAAUUGUAGCAUAUAUGAUUGCAAAAGGUGUAGAUGUCAAUUCACGGGAUAAAGAUGGAAUGACUGCUCUCAUGUGGAGUUCGUAUAAAUCGUUAAAUCUUCAUCCAACAAAACUUUUAAUAUCUCUUGGUGCUUCUAUGUCUGUACAAGAUGAUGUACAUAGGAAUACUCCACUUCAUUGGGCUCUGAUUAGUCGCAAUCCGACUUCUAUCAGUUUACUUGUUAACAAAGGUUCACCAUUGACUAUUAAAAACUCAAAAGGGUGUACAGCUUUAACUUUAAUCAACGAGUCAAGAUCAGAAAUUUGGAUAGGAUUAAACACAUUAAAAAUUGUGGAUGAUAAAAUUAAACCAAAGAAUGUUUUAUUCAAAUUCAAUGAACAACUGUUAUCCGUUAUAAUUGUUUCAGUAGUAUUUUAUGCGAUUGGUUCCAUAUUGGAUUCACACAUGAUGUAUACAGCAAAAUUGCUUUGUAUGCUUAUUGGUUACAUAAUUAUGUAUAAAUUAAAUCACACUUAUAUAUCGGUAUCAAAUACACUGCCUGUUUCAAUAUAUUUUGCUACAAAAUUUUGGAUGUAUAUCACCUGGGUUUUUUGGUUACUACCUGUUGUAAGUUUCUGGUGUUCGAUUGGGUUUUUUGUCAUUACGUCCUUGCUGUGGUACAAUUUUAUGUUCAGUUGGAAUGGAAAUCCAGGUUAUGUACCAAACAAUAAAACUGAUCAAUAUGCUGCUAUCAUCGAACUGGCCGAGAGUUUUGGAUUUAGUUCAGAUGUGUUUUGUAGCACAUGUCUUAUUAAAAAGCCAAUCAGAUCAAAACAUUGUAACAUUUGUAAUAGGUAAGUGUUGUAAGUUAAUUUCUUUUACAAACAACUUGAUUAUAUUUUGUGUAUUUUUAUAGAUGCGUAGCAAAAUUUGACCAUCACUGUCCUUGGGUAAAUAAUUGCAUUGGUGCUUCAAAUCAUCGUCACUUUGUGGGUUAUCUUAUAACUCUGCUCAUAGCAUGUGGUUUUAUAAUUUAUGGAAGUAUAAAGUAUCUAAGUAUGGCAUACAAAUAUAAUGGACAAAUAUAUUAUUACAAUAUGAUAGAUAUUGUCUGGGAAGUUCUUAGAUUAGAUUCAUGGGUCAGUUGGAUUAUGAUCAAUGCUAUAUUACAUUUAAUAUGGGUAUCAAUGCUGUUAGGAUGUCAAAGCUAUCAAAUUAUCUGGCUCGGCAUGACUACUAAUGAACGUAUUAAUGCUGCACGAUAUGAACACUUUAUUCAACAUGGGAAUAGUUAUAAGAGUCCUUAUAAUCGAGGUAAGAGUCAAAAUUUGAUUGAUUUUGUACAGUGCCAUUGUCUUCAUUCAAAGAUUUUAAAUGAAAAAGUAUGGUUUAAAUAUAGUGAUUUUGAUGUGUUUAUUGAAAAAGAGUUGAAUUCAUAUAUAAAACAUGAUCUGGAAUAUGUUUAAAUGUUUUAAUUCAUUUUUCAAUCAGCAAUAAUUUUCAUGUUACUAAUUAUUAAUAUUAAUAAUUAUAAUUAUUCAUAUUGUUAUUAAGUUUUCAUUGUAUUACAUAUAUAUAUGUUUUUUUUUCUAAUGUGAUUUUAUCUUUUCUCUACAAUUAUUAAUAUUAUGAUACCUGUAUAAUUUUGUAAGUUACUAACUAGUAGUAAUUCAGUUAAAUUGUGUAAGAGAACUGAUUAAAUUUAAAAAUGCAUACUUACAUUAUACUUUAUUUCACUAAUAAUAUAACUCUGAUUAUAUUUAUAUUUAUAAGAGAUAUAAUAUUAAUAUUUGUAUACUAGUGUACUAGUAUUAGUAUUUAAUUAUUGUUUUAUGUUAUGGCAUUUUGUUAGCUGUUGUAAAUGAGAAAUAUUGGACUUAAUAGAAAAUCAUGGUUUUUUAUUUCUAUUCUUAACAACUAAUAAUUUAAGUGCUUAAUAAAAUUCACAAAUAUUAUAUUUUAUGUGCAUAAAAAAAGAUUAAAUUUAUAGAUUUUAUUUUGAAUAGUAUUUUAUGUAAAACAUCCUGUAUUUUUAGUAUUUUAAGAUUUUUCCAUUAGGUACCUGUAUUGUGUAUGAUAAAUUAGAUAUUUAUAACAAGAUAUGAUGGAGUCAUUUAUAUGAGAAAUGGAAAAAAUGAUUGAACAAAUUAGGUUGAUUAGGAUUAUAAAUACCUUAUGUACAUUUAUAUGUAUUAUAUAAAUUAAUGUUAGUUGUAUCAAUAAAAUGUUAUAUUCUAUAACAGUGUAGUAAGAUUUUAGUGGAGGUUUGUUCAUGUGGAGACUUGAAAAAUUUUUUUUGUUCUGUUAUGUAUCAUUAUAUGCUACAGUGUUUAUAAUCAAUAUUAUCAAAUACAAAGUGCAGGAUUUUAGAAUGCCA